AUGAAGCGAUCUUCUAUAACACGUCGAUCUCUCUCUCCUUCUUCGAAUUCAAGCACCGCAAGCACGCCUCGCAAGCGUCCCAGGAGCAGAUACGACGACAGCUUAUCAGAAGAGGAACAGACCCCCUUGAAAGUGUAUGUUUUACAGGAAAAACUUGCCAGCAAUGAAGUCGACGAGCUCUUCCACAUGAUCGAAUCAAACGGUGCCUCCGCUGCUGGUAUCAGCAAGACUCGCAAACUGCAUCUGGAGCUGUGUAACAACCCUGUAGCGGCCGAUGUCAUUGUCACAAAGAUUCGAAUGAAGAAGCGCUUCGAGAGGCACCUACAAUGGGAUCUUGCGAGACAGAAAUGUAUUGUGACACCUGAAUGGAUUUAUGAUUCCGUGAAGCAAGGAAAACCUGUUCAAUGUGGCUGUUAUGCUGCAAUCUCUGAACUACAUGACGAAACAGUGGAACAUUGCCCCGACUCGGAAGAAGGCAAAGAUGAUACGCGCGGGACGCUUCAUCAUCAAAUUUCCGUGUAUUCUCCAAGGCAUGAGGAACAGGCGGUAAAGCCAACCCAUCCACGCGUCAUAGAGAAUUGGAGGUCGAAAUAUGCCUGUACACGCGCAUCUCCACUUGUGUGCGUAAACCAAACUUUGGUAGCUGAACUGGGAGUGCUAGGUCGAUCGCGAGAACUUGAAGGAAUGGGUAUCAAUGCUUUGAGCUACGAGCGAGCCGUUGCGAUACGCGAAUUUAUCAAGAACGGCUACAUAGAAGAAGCUCGGAGAACACGACUAUCUGAACGUUACCAAGCACUCUCGGAAUUUGCUACAGUAUAUGGUAUAGGUCCUUCGAAUGCCCGAAAAUUGUACGAUCUCGGAUUGCGAAACAUGGACGACCUCGAAAGAUACUAUGACGUCACCGCCGACUCGACCCUGGUUACACUCGCCGCCUCGCAUGUCACUCCUAAUGGACGGAAAAUAGUGACGAAGAAUAAAGUUCCUGACAUGUCUAUCCAGGUCUCACUUAUUCUCAGAAAUGAAUUUGAGAUUCCAAUAUCACGAGAGGAAGUAGCAGAAAUGCACCGAAUCAUUAUGCUUGAACUGGAUAAGAUACAGCCAGGGUGUGUGAGCACCGUUGUUGGCGGUUUCCGGCGCGGUAAACCACAAAGCAAUGACGUAGAUAUAGUUUUUAGCUACCCAGACUUGGAGAAAGGACCGAGCAUCAUUAAAGGCCUUUGCACAAGAUUCACAAAACAUCUAUACGACCACGGUGGGUCAUAUCCAUACCUUUCUAGCUUUCAUGCACAUGAUGCUUUACGAACAACACACUGGGAUUCUCUGGAAAAGGCCUUGACCGUAUUUGUCCUCCCCAAUCCCGGCGAUGAAGAAACGAAACGUCUUCAUCGACGAUUAGAUCUAAUAUUUGCGACGCCAGAAGCAUAUUGGACGGCUGUCAUCGGCUGGUCGGGGUCCAAGAUGUUCGAACGUGAUUUGAGGCUUUGGGCCAAAGCCGAGAAAGGAAUGAAGUUCGACAGUUCUGGGAUCAAUCGGCGUCAUGACUCCAAACUAUUUAUACCUCGUAGUGAGGAAGAAGUAUUCAACAUCCUUGGUUUGGACUGGAUAGAUCCUACCAUGCGCAACGCUGACGUGUAA